AUGCCAGGUAUAUUUACAGACACUGAGAUGAAUGAGCAAUACCAGGAGGACGAUGACUUUAACCAACAAGAAGAGCUAGUAAGUGACCAAGAUAUGAUGGAUGAACAUAAUGAAUUCGAACAAGAUUUCAGAGAUGAAUUUACCGAGGGAGCGUUUUUUUCUGAAUCUGAUAUGUCAGAUUAUAUCCUUGAAGCCGCUUAUGCGGUUGACUCCGUGCAAGACAUUACAUCUUUGAAAUUUAGUGAGAAUGUUGCGGAGGAAAUUGGCAAAUACCACUUUUCUACUUUGCAUCUUGCAUUUGAUUUUUAUAUGAAGUACUCAAAGUCGAAGGGCUUUACUGAAAGGAAGAGCAAGACCUUCAAGAAUAGUAGUGGCGAGAUUUACAGACAAAUGUUUGUAUGCCAUAGGCAAGGAUUCAGGAUGGAGAAAUAUUACACGAUGAGAAAAAGGAAGAAGGAGCCUAGAUUGGAAACAAGAACUGGAUGUGAAGCCCGAAUGGAUGUUAAAUUUGUACCAGAAAGUGGAAGGUGGCAUAUCUUUUAUUUCUCUAACGAACACAACCAUGAUCUAUUGGAUACACAAUUCAGUGCUAUGUUGCCUGCCCACAGAAAAAUGUCAGAGGUAGAUAUUAUGCAAAUGAUGAACAUGCUAAAGUUAGGGAUUAGCACCUCACAGAUAUUUGGUCUUCUAGCUAGUCAAGCAGGCGGGUACGAAUUUGUUGGCUAUGGUCCCAGAGAUAUGUACAAUGAGAUUGCUCGGCAAAGGCGUCAAAUUCCUGGUGAUGCAGCACGAGUGUUGAAGAAGUUAGAGGAUAUGCGGUUGAAGGAUCCACAAUUAUAUUUCAAGUCUGAUGGGAUUAGCCAACUAGACUACCGACUCUUCGGGGAUGUUAUUGCUUUUGAUGCUACGUACAAGAAGAAUAAGUAUAGUUGUCCAUUAGUAAUAUUCAGCGGGGUUAACCACCACAACCAAACAAUUGUUUUUGCUGCUGCGUUAAUUGCGGACGAAACUACUGAUACAUAUAUUUGGCUCCUGCGUCAGCUCAUGUUUGCAAUGAGGGGCAAGACCCCGACCUCAAUCAUAACUGAUGGGCCAUGGCGAUUAGGAAUGCAGUGA